AUGUUUACGACCUCGGCAUCGCUUCUCGACCUGACUGACAAGAAGCUGAUGGUUGCCCUCCGCGACGGCCGAAAAUUGUUGGGAAUUUUGCGAAGCUGGGACCAAUUUGCGAAUCUGGUUCUGCAGUCGACUGUGGAGAGAAUCUUUGUGACCCCCGACGCGGUUCCCACGGACCACCCCGGCGCACAAGAAAAGCGAGGCUUAUACGCGGACUACCAGCGAGGAAUGUAUCUCGUCCGUGGCGAGAACGUGAUGCUACUGGGCGAGAUUGACCUAGACAAGGACGACGACCCACCGCCGGGAUACGAUAAGGCCGAUCCCGACUUGGUCGAGAAGCUUGCGAAGCAGAGGAAGGCUGAGGACAAGACAAAGGAGAAGAAGAAGCAGAAGAAUCUGUCUGCUCUCGGCUUUGAGGGCGAGAGCAUGGGCGAUGCCAUCCUUCUUUGA